AUGCGCACUACCGAAGAAUCCACAGCGGGAGAACAGCAGCGUGCCGGAGGCGUUCAAGAAACGGGGGAGACCGAACUGACAGAUCAUGAUGCAGUUGAGGAUGGAAAAGCGCAAGAUGAACCAGCCAACGCUAGCAGCUCCGGAGGCAAGGCCAAGAAGAAGCACAAGGACAAGGAAGAUGGCUCAAAGUCCGGUGAACCGAGCAGCUCAAGUCUAAAAGCAGACAGCAGCCAUGGUGGCGACCAGGCAUCGUCAACCCCAUCUUCCGAUAAGGCGAAGAAACACCACAAAUCAAAACACGGCAAAGACAAGGGCGAGGGCAGCCCAGAAGCAACAGAAAGUCCUGAUAAGCCAGAAGUUAAAACAGACAAAGCGGGCGAUGGGGACACGGGCGACACAGGUGAAAAAAAGAAAAAGAAGAGCAAGUCUAAAGAAAAAGAGGAACACGUCAAUGAAGACGAAGGGGCCGCAACAAAGCCUGACGCCAAGAAGAAGAAAAAGAAGGCGACAGAUGGGGAGAUAGAGGCAGGGGGGCAGUCCGCUGAAGAUAACAAGGGUUCUGCCAAAGGGGAGGCAAAGAAAAAGAAGAAGGAAAAAGAUGAGGAUAAACAAUCUUCCGGGGCUCACGAAGGUAUCGAUGAUACAUCAGGGAAAUCGGCGGACAGCAAGAAGGAAAAAGCAAAGGCGAAAGAAUCUGCCGAAAAACUCGAAGAAACCGGUGGUGAGCCUGGUGGUACGGAAGGGAAAAAAAAGAAAAAGAAAAAGGAUGAAAAAGACAAUGCAUCGCCUAACGAAGGAGGCGAAGGAGACUCAGCAACAACAGAUGCCAAGAAAAAGAAGAAAAAAAGCGACGACAAAAAGGAGACAGCGGAGACACCUGAGGGAAACGACGACUCUUCAGGCGCUACAGAGGGCAAGAAAAAAAAGAAGAAGAGCGACGACAAAAAGGAAGCAGCUGAGACACCUGAGGGAAAUGACGACUCGUCAGGUGCUACAGAGGGCAAGAAAAAAAAGAAGAAGAGCGACGACAAAAAGGAAUCAGCUGAGACACCUGAAGGGCAUGACGACGGGUCAGGUACAGCAGAUGGCAAGAAGAAAAAGAAAAAGGAUAAGAGCGAGGAACACGGUGAUUCAGGAGAAAAUAAGGAAGGUGCUACAGACGAUGGUAAAGGAGACAAGUCAAAGAAAAAAUCAAAGAAAGAAAAAAAGGACUCAUCAAAUGCCGAUUCGAAUGAAUCUGAGGACAAGCAGAAAUCAAAAGGCAACCCUCUUGCAAACUGCUCUAGCCAUCCUGUCGGUCCAAUUACAAGGAAUUACGAGCUGACAUUCCCCGUGGGAGCCAAGCAAACUCAAAGGCUUUCGUACCAAAACCCUAAGGAUGUGGGUUUAAAUAUAAUUAUGGUGUCGUCAGAUGAAACCGUGAUGACUCCUAAGAAACCCGAAAUGACGCUGGGCCCUGGCGAGAGUGUGAAGAUCCCCGUGGCAUUCCAGGAGGUCGCUGAGGCAUGCGAGAAGACUGUGUACCUCUACAUGCUGCAGAAGGAAUCUGACCAAAUAAUGGAAUGCGUAGAGAUGUCCCUCACUUUCAAGUAA